CUGCUGUUAUGCCGUAUCCCAACGGCAUCCAAGACUCAAGCCAUCACGCCCUGCAGCGCCAUCGUCAAUCACACUGACGCUGUCAGUUUGCGCCGUGCGCGAUCCUUCCCUUCUUACGCUCGUUCAGUACACAAACCGACCUGGGGGAAGCCUAGCAACCGACGAGUAGACAGCCACGCUACGACCGAACCUUUGCGGAGUGCACCUGCCAAACCUCAUUUACGAUAUUCGUACCGCGCUUCUCCGACGACCAAAACUUCGACUUCGCACCACCCGACGACAGCGACUCUGUCGGCCGCCGUUUCCUUUUCGUCCGACUUCUCUUUAUCAAUCACUACAUAAUUUUGAUUUCGAUUCUCGAUUCUUCUCGCGAAUCCAACCCGCUCGAUAUCAUGGAGGACCGAUCAACUGGGGCCUCCGGCUCGCCCUCUCCUCAGCCAGACCUGCACCGGAACCGAUUGCCGACUCUGUUUGAGGUCUUGAGUCGUCGAACCCUGCCGCCCGUCGACCUCUUCUCGUUCUACAUUUUCAUGAGAGAUCAGCAAAAAUCCGUCGAUUACCUCGAUUUCUGGCUCGAUGUUGCUCAGCACAUGUCCUUGUGCCGGCACUAUGUGCGCGAACUCCGCAGAUCCGUUCUAGUUGGAACACCUGACUUGGAUAAGUCGGGCUCCAAGCGGUCUUCUCAGAUCUUGGAUGGACUUGGUGACAUGAGCCAUUCCGCCGCCGGCCCAUCAAUGUAUGCCACCGAAAAGGAGAAGAACCAGGAUGCCCAGAUGUCGGCCUACCUGAGAGAAGAGGCCCAAGACUCCCCUCAAAGCAGCACUGGAGAACAUCGCAGCCGUCCCAGUGGGGCUUUCAGCACCCCGCGCGACCUGACCACGGAUUCCAACUCUCCCGCACAUACUGUCGCGAGACAGGAUAUCCGGGCUUCGGCGGAGAAGAUCCUCUACACCUUCCUCCUUCCGGGCGCAGAGCGUGAAAUCAUUCUCCCGGGCUCCAUUACUCAGGACGUCACGACUUCCAUUGAGGACUUUGGUAGAGACGAUCCAGAGGUGUUUGACGUUGCCAAGGACUACGUCUUUCAGGCUAUGGAACGCGAUGCCUUCCCCAACUUCUUGAGAAUGAAGGCCCUUGGCAACCUCAUCCCGACCACUCUCCAGAUCAGAAUGAUUGUUGGUCUUCUGGCCAUGUUUGGUGGCUUCUGGGCCGCUUUCAUCCUCAUCUUCCUCAAUGCCCCCCGAACUACCAGAUGCUGGCUUAUCCUUCCAUUUACUGUUGGUGUCUACUUCCUCGCAUCAUACCAGUACUCUCUGGAUCCUGUCCUCGCUCUCAUCGGCCUCAGCGAGUACACGCCGUUCAACUUCUCUCGAAUUCGUGAGCCCUACGUUCGUAAGCUCCUUGCUAAGCGGUCUAUCAUGGUCCUCGCCGUCACAAUUUUAAUCGACGCCGCGCUCUGUGUGCUUUUCAUCCUUGUCCCCGGCAAACGGUUGUAAAAUGCCUUGUUUUAUCCGGGACCACAACAAAGGAUGCGUUGCAAUACCCCAGACACAACAACAAUGCGGCCCCAUUCUACAUUACAGAUGUAAUAGUAUGGACGCUUUGUCUGUCAAAGAGAGAGCUUUUACGAACGUUACGACCCCCAGGAUUUUGAGCGACAGAGUUUCCCAAAUUUUCGGUUUUGAUUCGGUCUUCCAUUCAGGAUACCAGAGAGGCAUGGCGUAGGGAAAGUCGAGGCCCCCAAGGGGACAUAACCUCGCACACGGCGUUCAACAAGGGACAGAUUUAAUUUCUUUUCAAUGUAAACAAGGCAUUGGUGUAUCAUUAUCGACACUGCGAGAAUCGACACCGGAAUCCUCGCCACCGAAGGCAGGUAAAACUGCAAGGCGGCAGAGAAAGAGGCGGAGGAGAGGCGACAGGAGACUUUUGGCUUCGACACAUUCGUUCACUUUCUACAUUCCCUUAACAUUUUAUCAAUGGCACGCUAGAUAGGCAUCACAGAACAGGAAACGGCAGAG